UUUCUCACCAGCAAAACGCAAACAACAACCAAAAAAACACACGUAGCCACCCACCACUUUCUUCCAAUCCUUCACCGCCAACAAACCGCCGGCGGCGCCGUUCACCAAACGGAGCUUCACCCUUUGCAUGGCAGUGAGCUUUCUGGCGCGUGAGGUGUCUGACCUCUGUCUGGGCAAGCCGCCGCUGAAGUCGCUGCCGGCGUCCGCCACCGUCGCCGAGGCAUUGGCCGCGCUCAAGAGCUCCGACGAGAGCUCCGUCAGCGUUUGGAGCUGCGACCACUCGAAUGAGGAGCUAGGUCGUUGCGAAUGCGUGGGGAAACUUUGCAUCGUCGAUGUUGUUUGCUACCUCUGCAAAGAGGAGAACCUCGUCUCUCCCUCUUCUGCUCUAAAAGCUCCAAUUUCAUCGAUUCUCCCUAAGGUUCCUGGUCUCGUCGUGCAUCUUGAACCUUCUUCCAGCUUAUUGGAAGCCAUUGAUCUCAUACUCCAAGGAGCACAGAAUCUAGUGGUGCCAAUCUUGCAAACAAAAAGGAGUCACAUUUCAAGAAGAAAACAACUUCUGAAAGCAUCAGCUACCCGCAGCCACAACGGUGCUGAGUUCUGCUGGUUAACCCAAGAGGACGUGAUCCGGUUCCUGCUCGGCUCCAUUGGCCUCUUCAGUCCGCUCCCUGCAUUCUCCAUCGAUGCUCUCGGCAUAAUCACCACAGACGUGCUCGCCAUUGACUACUACUCCCCUGCAUCUUCUGCUCUGGGAGCAAUCUCACAGUCCCUCACACAGCAAACUUCUGUUGGUGUUGUUGAUAGUGAUGGCACCUUCAUUGGUGAGAUAUCACCCUUCAACCUUGCUUGCUGUGAUGAGACGGUUGCGGCCGCCAUUGCCACCUUGUCUGCCGGGGACUUGAUGGCCUACAUUGAUUGCGGUAGUCCCCCAGAAGAUCUAGUGACAGUGGUCAAGGCGAGGUUGAAGGAGAAGAAUCUGGAGAAAAUGCUGCAAGAGUUCACUAUUUCAUCAUCUUCCGCCGGCGCAUUCUCUUCAUCUUCCUCGGAUGAGGAGAGCGCAUCGACAAGGGCAUUGACGAGGAGGCUCUCGAGGUCUUCAAGCUCCUCAGUCAGGAUGGUGAGGAAGGCGGAAGCAAUAGUGUGUCAUCCCAAGAGCUCUUUGGUUGCUGUGAUGAUUCAAGCAAUUGCUCACAGAGUGAACUACUUGUGGGUUAUUGAGGAUGAUUGCAGCUUGGUGGGGAUUGUAACUUUUUCUAAUAUAUUGAAGGUGUUCAGAGAACAUGUAGAGACUGUUUAGAUGGUGAGUUAGUGUGAACAAGGUUUUGGUUUUGGUGCCUCAUAGAGUAGCAUGAACCAAGGUCUAUGAACAUGGCCCUUCUGUUGUUAUGGAUAUUGUUUUGUGGCUAGUGAGACUUGGGUUUUAUCUUGCUUAAUUUCAGUGUGCUUCAUUUCUAAUAAAAUUCCCUCUGAUGCAUUUUCUUUGUCAACAA